AUGAAGAUGUCUUGGUGGAAGAAGAAUUUCAGCCUGCAACAGUACCUGUGGGCCCUGGGCUGCUAUAUGCUGCUGGCCAUUGUUGCACUGAGACUGUCUCUCAGAUUCAAAUGCAACUUUGAGCACCUGGAUCUGGAGUCCAAGAAUUUUCAAAGCAGGCCCUGUAGGGACAUCAUGUACAAGUCCUUGAAGCUGCCAGCCAGGAAAUUAAUCAACUGCUCUGGGAUCACCCGAGGGGAUCAGGAAGCAGUGACUUGGGCUCUCUUGAACAACUUGGAGACUAAGAACAAGCGGAAGCCUUUCACAGAUGCAUACUACCUCAACCUGACCAGGAACUGCAAGCACUUUAAGGCCAUGAGGAAGUUUAUAGAGUUCCCACUGAGCAAAGAAGAGUUAGACUUCCCCAUCGCAUACUCUAUGGUGGUCCAUGAGAAGAUUGAAAAUUUUGAAAGGCUACUUCGAGCUGUGUAUGCCCCACAGAACAUAUACUGUGUCCAUGUGGAUGAGAAGUCCCCAGAAACUUUCAAAAAGGCAACGAGAGCAAUUGUUUCAUGUUUCCCAAAUGUCUUCAUGGCCAGUAAGCUGGUUCCAGUGGUUUAUGCAUCCUGGUCCAGGGUGCAGGCUGACUUGAACUGCAUGGAAGAUUUGCUCCAGAGCCCAGUACCAUGGAAAUACUUCCUAAACACCUGUGGGACAGACUUCCCUAUAAAGACCAAUGCUGAGAUGGUCCAAGCCCUCAAGCUUUUGAAUGGGAAGAACAGUAUGGAGUCAGAGAUACCUAGUAACCACAAAAAAGCUCGCUGGCAAUAUCACUAUGAGAUGACAGACACAUUGCACAUGACAAGUCAGAAGAAGGACCCUCCCCCUGAUAAUUUACCUAUGUUCACAGGAAAUGCCUAUAUUGUGGCUUCUCGAGACUUCGUCCAACAUGUCUUAGAGAAUCCCAAAUCCCAACAACUGAUUGAAUGGGUAAAAGAUACCUACAGUCCUGAUGAACAUCUCUGGGCUACCCUUCAGCGUGCACCAUGGAUGCCUGGCUCUGUUCCCUACCACUCCAAGUAUGACAUUUCAGACUUGGCUGCCAUUGCUCGACUCGUCAAGUGGCAGAACCAUGAGGGAGAUAUGAGCAAGGGAGCACCUUAUCCACCUUGCACUGGAAUCCACCAGCGGGCUAUCUGUAUUUAUGGAACUGGGGACCUGCAUUGGAUGUUACAGAACCAUCACCUGUUGGCCAACAAAUUUGACCCAAGAGUAGAUGAUAAUGCUCUCCAGUGCUUAGAAGAGUACUUACGCUAUAAGGCCAUUUAUGGGACUGACCUCUGA